ACAAAGCUUACAAACCAUAAAAAAAAUUGGAUGAAUUCAGAGUUUUGCCCACAGCUUUUGGCAUCAAUGUAACUUCCAAUCCUUUGGCAAGAUUUUUAUUGGAUAAUAACGCUGGUGAAAUUAGUCCAUUAGUGUCAUCAGCAUGCUUAACAAGAACUUGCCCACUAUGUCCAAAACUGCUCGAGAGGCAGCCACCAAGAUGGUUCCGUGACGGAUAUUCCAAGAUGACAAAUGGAAUUUCAUCACGAUUUGCAAUAAAAUGGAGUGAAAUCCACUCAUGAAUUCAGAAGGAUUUAGGCUUUUUUUACUAGCAGAAUGAUGACAGCUUCUCUGCAUCCAUGUGUCUGCAAGGCCUCUCCUGCCUUCAGACCUGCCUCUUCUCUGGGUGCAAGAACCCAGCCAAAAUCCACAGCCACAAACCCAAAGAGACCUUUGUUUCAGGAGCUUCAGAGGCGACUUUCUUUCAGGAUUGACGAAGCCUCAAAGGCGCUGGAGACAGCAAAACAGGGGCUUUUGGAUGCGUUGGUCGACUCAACCUUCAAGUUUUCUGACCAACCUAUGCUCCCAUCAGAGAACAAUUUUGCCCCAGUCAAUGAGAUCAGUGAAGCCAUAGAGAUUCUGCAGAUUGAAGGAGAGAUACCUGAAGAUUUCCCAGAGGGUGUAUACAUCAGAAAUGGUUCCAAUCCACUGUUUGGAGCCCUCCAUUCGACCGUCUCAAUCUUCGGAAAAUCCAGCGAAAUAUGGGUUGAAGGCGAGGGCAUGCUCCAUGCCAUCUACUUCACAAAGAACAGUUCAGAUACUUGGUCAGUCUCCUAUGCAAAUCGAUAUGUGCAAUCUGAAACAUUAAAGAUUGAGAAAACCAGACAGAAGCCAUGUUUCCUCCCUGCCAUCAUGGGCGACUCUGCAGCCAUCGUCGCGGCCUACAUUCUCAACUAUAUGAGGUUUGGCAAAGUGAACAAGAACAUCAGCAACACCAAUGUAUUUGAGCAUGCUGGAAAGGUGUAUGCUGUUUCUGAGAACCACCUGCCUCAGGAAAUCAGCAUUCAGAAUCUCGACACGGGUGAUAGCUGGGACAUUAAUGGGGAAUGGAAAAGGCCUUUCACAGCUCACCCAAAGGUUGCUCCUGGAUCAGGAGAGCUAGUCAUUUUUGGUUCAGAUGCAAAGAGGCCUUUCCUAAUGGUCGGAGUUGUCUCAGCUGAUGGAACUCAACUAAAACAUAAAGUUGACCUCAAACUGGACAGAUGUAUACUCUGCCAUGACAUAGGAGUUACUGUUAAGUACAACAUAAUAAUGGACAUACCUCUUACCAUCGACAUCAGUAGACUUAUCAGAGGCAAUCAGUUGAUCAAGUUUGAGAAGGACAGCUAUGCAAGAAUAGGAGUUAUGCCCCGUUAUGGUGAUGCAGAAUCAGUUAUGUGGUUUGACGUUGAACCAUUCUGCAUGUUCCAUUUUAUCAACUGCUUUGAAGAGGGUGAUGAGGUUGUUAUCAGGGGCUUUCGUGCGGCUGACUCCAUCAUUCCAGGCCCUCGGAUCAGCCUAAACAAAAAUGAUUUGCUCUCUGAUCCUUCUAAGUGUUCUGUGAAACAAGGAAUUAAUGAAGAAUUUUUCUCUCGAUUAUACCAGUGGAGAUUAAACACGAAGACAAAGGCUGUUUCAGGGCAAUAUUUAAGUGGAACUGAGUUUUCCAUGGAAUUCCCUGUGAUCAAUGACCACUACACAGGCUUGCAUCAUAGUUAUGCCUAUGCACAAGUGGUGGAUUCUUUGGAAAGCUCUUACGGCGUUAAUGAGAAAGUAAUCCUGAAAUAUGGAGGCCUUGCAAAACUUUGUCUUGAAGAGGCAGAUAAUGUAAUUGCAGAGACAUCUGAAGAUCUAAUAAAGACAGAAUAUCACGGGUUUGGAGAAGAUCAAUUCUUCUCUGGAGCAGCAUUUGUUCCAAGAGUUGGUGGCUCACACGAAGAUGAUGGGUGGAUAAUUUCUUUUGUACAUGACGAGAGGUCUAAUACAUCACAGGUGCACAUUAUUGACGCCCAAACAUUUGAAGGUGCUCCUGUGGCCAAAAUAGUAUUGCCACAAAGAGUACCCUAUGGUUUUCAUGGAACGUUCAGAUCAUCACUAGCAAACACAAUGACGUGAUGUAACUCUAUGAAUACUAAACCAGCAAAAAAGUGGUCAGUUUAGAAUAUAAAGACGUAAUAGGAUAAAAAAUUUAUAAGCAACAAAGCUUAUGGGUUUAGGCUUGCUGAGUGAAUUGUCAAUAUAGUUUACCCUGACUGAGGACAGUUAUAAGGCUACCAGCAGCAUUGUCCUAAUAUUAUCCCACACGAUUGUAGUCACUAUGUAAAGCUAAGGUGUGCUCAGUUAAAAUGUACAUGCGACCUGCAAUUCUAGUUGUUUGCAUAGUAUCCAGUUUCUCGUAAGGACAUAGAACCAUCAAUAAGAUUUAUUUGUCUUCAAA